UGGCCGUGUGAGGCUCUGGGAGGCGGGGAGGCCGUGUGAGGACCAGAGCUGGGAAGGCGCAGUUAGGGGUGCGGAGCACCAGUGCUGCCUGAGCCCUCACCAUGAGUCCUGCUUGUCUCUCUCUUUGCUGGGUGUGAGGAGGCUGCCAGGCCCAUGGCCUCCUAGAGGAUACCUGGGAGUGUUUCGGCAUUUGAGCAGCGCAGGAGCCGGCCUAGAGACAGCAGCUGUGGCCAGGUAAAGCCAGUCAAACGUGAAGAAAUGAAAUCCCCCAGGAAAACUACAUUGUGCUUCAUGUUUAUUGUGAUUUAUUCUUCCCAAGCUACACUAAAUUUGAAUUUAGAGUCUAUUGUUCAUCCUGUGACUCUUCAUGAACAUGACCUGGCAGGGGAGUUGCCACGCAGGCAAAAGCGAGAAGUUGCUGUGAGUAGUCCUGUAGCUGAAGAUUACACGCUUGAUAUUGAGAUCAGUUUUGAAAAUGUUUCCUUCCUGGACCCUGUCAUAGCUCACUUGGACAAUCUCAAAUUUCCAAUUCAAGGGAAUGAUACUGAUCCAGCCACAAACAUCUUGAGCCUAGAGGUGACAACAGUAUGCAGACCUGCUGGGAAUGAAAUCUGGUGCUCCUGUGAGGCAGACUAUAGGUGGCCUCUGGAAAGGUGUCUCAACAAUCUCACCUGUCAAGAGCUUGACAACAUCCCUGCAGGACACCAGUGCAAUUGCCUUAAAGGAUUGCCUCCCAAGGGACCUUUUUGCCAGCUAAGGGGAGUAGAUGUUACCUUGAAAAUGUCAGUUAGACUCAAUGUGGGCUUUCAAGAAGACCUCAAGAACUCAUCCUCUGCUCUCUAUAGAUCCUACAAGACUGACCUUGAAACAGCGUUCUGGAAAGGUUACAGUAUUCUACCAGGCUUCAAAAUGGUGACUGUGACAGGAUUCAGUCCUGGGAGUGUAGUCGUGGCCUAUGAAGUUACGACAACAGCACCCUCAACAAAAUUGUUGCGUAAAGCGAAUGAGCAAGUGAUCCAGAACCUGAAUCAGACCUACAAAAUGGACGAUGGUUCCUUUCAAGCUGUUACUAGUAAUGAAACCAAGUUCUCAGUUACACCAGAAGUCAUCUUUGAAGGAGAUUCAGUGACACUGAUGUGUGAAAAUGACGUCCCAUCGUCUAACGUGUCCUGGCACCGUGUGGAGGGUCGCAUGGAUAUCCAGAACAGCAGCCACUUUUCCAUUUACACCUCAGUGCUCAAUAACUUGACCUCAGUGUCCCAACUCACCAUUUACAACAUCACUCGGGGUGAUGCAGGUAACUACAUUUGCAAACUGACCAUGGAUAUUUUUGAAUAUGAGGCCAAGAAAAAAAUAGAAGUUCUACCCAUCCUAAUUUUGGCAAAUGAUGUGGAAAUGAUGGUGACAUGUGACAACAAUCCUGUGUCUUUGAACUGCUGCAGUGACAUUAAUGUUAAUUGGAGUAGAAUUGAAUGGAAUCAGGAAGGAGAAAUAAGCAUUCCAGGAAUCGCUGAAAAAGAUCCCGAUUCUAGCUGUAGCAGGUACACCCUCAUGGCUGACGGAACUCAGUGCCCAAGUGGGUCUUCUGGAACCCUGGUCAUUUAUACGUGUGAGUUCAUCAGUGCCCACGGAGCCAGAGGCAGUAAAGAGAUUGAAGUGACAUUCAUAUCUGUGGGAGAUAAUUCCAGCCACAAAGGGGAAAAAAUGAACGAGUUCCUAAGGCAUGUGAUGGAAAUGAGUUCAGUGCAGAGCACCACCGGGAACAGCCUAGAAACAAGUAAAGCCCAGGAGCAGCAAGCCAAUCUAACAAUAACCUCGGACCCAAUUUCUGUUUCUGAGGGACAAAGCUUUUCUAUAAAGUGCAUCAGUGAUGUGAGUAACUAUGAUGAGGUGUACUGGAACACUUCAGCUGGAAUUAAAAUAUCUGAAAAGUUUUAUACCUCAAGGAGUUAUAUUGAUGGAGCAGAGUCAGUCCUGAGCGUCAAAACUUCAACUCGGGAAUGGAAUGGAACCUAUCACUGCAUAUUUCGAUAUAAGAAUUCAUAUAGUAUCACCACCAAAGAUGUCACCGUUCACCCGCUGCCUCUGGAAUCGGACAUCAUGAUUGAUCCUUUGGAAGUUGCAAUUCCAUGCAAAUCUUCCCAUUAUUUUAAGUGUUGUAUAGAGGAGGAUGAAAACUACAAAGUAACUUUUCAAGUGGAUUCCUUAUUCUUUCCUGCUGCAAAAGAAGUCAUUGGAAAGCAAGUGUGCUACAAAUACAACUUCAGAGCAAACUCAGCCUCCUGGUGUCACAAAGAUGUUGAUGUGUUCUGUCACUUUACCAACGGUGCUAAUAAUUCAGUUCAAAGCCCCCCUAUGAAGCUUCAUCUGGCUUCUGAGGAGAAAAUCGCAUGCCAAGAUCCCAUAAUAGGUGUUGGGGAGCCUGGGAAAGUCAUCCAGAAGCAUUGCCAGUUCUCAAGUGUUUCCAGAGGUCCUGGUGGUCCCAUUGGUGGCAUCAUGACUUACAAAUGUGUAGGUUCCCAGUGGAAGGUGAAGAGGAAUGACUGUGUCACGCCUCCAAUCAACAGUCUUCUCCGACAGGCCAAGGCUUUGAUCAAGAGUCCCUCUCAGGAUGAAAAGCUCCCUAUAUAUCUAAAAGAACUUUCAAUUAGCACUGCCAACAAUGAGCAUGAGGUCACCUCAUCUCCAGGGAGUUUGGGAGCCAUCGUUAACAUUCUUGAUUUGCUCUCAACAAUUCCAACUGAAGUGAACUCAGAAAUGAUGAUGCGUAUUCUCUCCACGGUCAAUGUCAUCCUUGGCAAGCCCAUUUUAAAUACCUGGAAGGAGCUACAGCAAAAACAGGCCCAUCAGAGCUCACAGCUACUGCACUCAGUGGAAAGAUUUUCCCGAGCCUUACGACCAGAAGAUGGAAAUGAUUUGCUCAUCUCUCAACCUAAUGUGCAGAUGAGGGGUAUCAUAGUCAAAUCUGACCCCAAACCCUACACCCAGAGAUUUGUUUUCUCAAAAUCUAAUCUCUGGGGCAACGUGGCCAUUGACGAGUGUCAACUGAAAAACUUGGAACCAGAUUCUUCUAUUGUCACAGUGGCUUUCCCAACUCUCAAAGCCAUCCUUGGCCAGGACAGUCAGAGGGAGAAUUCUGCAAAUAGCCUAGUGAUGACAACCACCGUUAGCCACAAUAUAACCAACUCAUUCAGGAUCUCUAUGACUUUUAAGAACAACCAUCCAUCUGUUGGAAUUCCAAGCUGUGUCUUCUGGAACUUCAAUCUUGCCAACCAAACUGGGGGAUGGGACACCACUGGUUGCUAUGUUAAAAAUAUUGAUACGGACAGCAUCUCCUGCAGCUGUGACCACCUCACAUCAUUCUCCAUCCUCAUGUCCCCUGAUUCCCCAGAUCCUGGUUCCCUCCUGAAAGUAUUGCUGGAUAUUAUUUCCUACAUUGGCUUGUGCUUUUCCAUCGUGAGUUUAGCAGCCUGUCUAGUGGUAGAAGCUGUGGUCUGGAAGUCAGUGACCAAGAACCGGACUUCCUAUAUGCGUCACAUCUGCAUAGUGAAUAUUGCUGCCUCUCUUUUGGUGGCUGACAUCUGGUUCAUCGUGGCCGCUGCCAUUCAUGACCAUCACUAUCCACUCAAUGAGACAGCCUGUGUAGCCGCCACAUUCUUUAUCCACUUUUUCUACCUCAGCGUCUUUUUCUGGAUGCUGACCCUGGGUCUCAUGCUCUUUUAUCGCCUGGUUUUCAUCUUGCAUGAUGCCAGCAAGUCAAUUCAGAAGGCACUUGCAUUUUCUCUUGGGUAUGGCUGCCCUCUCAUCAUCUCAGUCAUCACCGUGGGAGCCACCCAGCCACAGGAAGUCUACAUGAGAAAGAAUGCCUGUUGGCUUAACUGGGAGGAUACCAAGGCCCUGCUGGCCUUUGUCAUCCCGGCUCUGAUCAUCGUGGUGGUAAAUGUCACUGUCACAAUAGUGGUCAUCACCAAGAUUCUGAGACCUUCUGUUGGGGACAAGCCAAGCAAGCAGGAGAAGAGCAGCCUCUUUCAGAUUAGCAAGAGCAUUGGGGUCCUCACGCCCCUCUUGGGGCUCACAUGGGGCUUUGGUCUGGCCACUGUGAUCCAAGGAAGCAAUGCUGUGUUCCAUAUUGUGUUCACCCUCCUGAAUGCCUUCCAGGGAUUAUUCAUUUUACUCUUUGGAUGCCUCUGGGAUCAGAAGGUACAGGAAGCCUUGCUGAAUAAAUUUUCUCGAUCAAGAUGGUCUUCACAACACUCAAAGUCAACAUCUGUAGGUUCCUCUACACCUGUAUUUUCUAUGAGUUCUCCAAUAUCAAGAAGAUUCAACAAUUUAUUUGGUAAAACAGGAACCUACAAUGUUUCUAGCCCAGAAACGACCAGCUCAUCCGUAGAAAACACAUCCAGUGCUUAUUCGUUGCUCAACUGAAAAGAGGAAAAUUCAACGUGACUUUUGGCGACCAGUGGAUGUUGUCUGAAAAAGAGAUCCUUUCAAAGCAAUGGCUGAAGUAAUUUCUCAGCAAGCUUCUGAGAGCAGAUGCUGAAAAGACCUUUUCCUUGGAGAAGAGAUUUCUUUUGUAAAGACAGACUAAAUGCAAUUUUUACUUUUAUUUUUUGCUGUCUUGCCCCUACCCCUGUGUAAUACAAAAUGUGUAUAGUAUUUAAGUGAAGUCCCAUGUCCCCUUGGGCCCAACUUCUCUGUCUAUAUUGUAAAAUAGAAUUUUGAAGCGACAUUUCACCUUUUUAUACAUUGGGCACAAAGAUAAGCUUUGAUUAAAAUAAGUUAAAGGCUAAAGGCUAGAAAGUACUUCUGUGACUUCUUGAAAGUAAAACAGAAAAGAAAGAAAGAAGAAAAGAUGUAGGAGGAAAAAUAGAGAACUCUAACAUUAAUGGACCACACACUUUCAUAUUUCUGUUGUAAUGAGCUAAUAUCAUUACUCAAUAUGAAACAUUGAUGAUUUCAAACUGGCUUAAAAUUAAAACCUUUCCAUCGGGAAAGUUUAGAAGACAGGGAAAAGGAGAGAGCAAGAGACAAAGGAAGAGAGAUAGAGAGAGACAGAGACAGAGACAAAGAGACAGAGAGAAGAAGGCAGGAAAAAAAUACAGAAAUUGCACCAGCAGGUGAGUAAUAAUAUUUACAAGAAAUACCUGGAGGAAGCCAUGAUUGUGCUGAUAUUAAAUAUAGCUAUAUUACUUUUCAAGUUAAGGUCGAGUUAAAUGGGGCCAGUGUGAAGACAACGUGAUAAGCCCCCUUCAGCAGAUCCAAGUGCUGACUAUAUUUUUUACCGUUUAUCAGAAAAAUCUUGUAGUUUGGUUUGUACCACACUUGGAAAAUAAAUAAUGCAUAUUUUAUAUCGAUUAAUUGCCAGGUUUGAUAUAUUGAACUGAAACCAGACUCCAAUUGUCAUAUAUUAUUUUUAACAGCUUUAACCAGGUACUUCACUAUGCAUAAUAGAAUUCAUUUUGAUGAUCAUAUAACCUUAUAUGUUAUUCUUGUUAUUGUUAAUGUGGAUUUAGUGGUUCUGGUGUGUUGUAUAGCUUUUUUUUAAAUAUGUUAGUUCUUUUAGUCCUCAGGUUCCCAAACCAAUACACAUUGCAACUUUUAAUGGUAUAAUUUGUGUUUAUUCCAACCACUUGGAAAUCUUCCAGAAAGAAGUUACAUAGCCAGCUAUUUUAUGCUCUUAAUGACAUUUGAUGAUAGGGAAUCAAAUUCUUAAGGCUCUGAUUGGGAAUUUUGUGUGUGUGCAUUUCAUCAAAUACAAGUAUUUAUUAAAGUUGCAUCUAUAUUAAAGUUAAUUAUGUGCUGUACCUACAACAGUCAUACAUUCUAAAUAGGUCUAAUCCCAAGGAAGCAACAAGAGAGAAAAGCCAUUAAAAGUCACUCCAGAAAUAUGGGCUUUGCAAUCCAAAGAACUAAUAAACUAAAUGGGUCCAGAUAUCAGAAAGACUGGACCAAAGAAGCAGAUUCCCAGUAGUCAUCCAUUUACUGAGAUUCCAAAGAGUUUUCUCCAAAUAUUUUAAUUAUUUAAAACAUCUUCCUUUUGCUAGUGAUUUUAAAAAUCUACAUCUGGUUUCUCUUUCCUUCAGUGUGGUGUGAAAAUAGAAACUGUAACAUAUGGAUGGUAAAUGACCUCUUGGUUUCUAUAUAUUCACAAAUGACAAAACAUUGACUCUUACAUUUGCCUGAACAUUGUCACACCAAAUCAAACUGAAUAGUUGAUGAUAUAAAGCCCCUUAGGGAAAGAAUUCUUAGCCAAUAAAAUUGUCCAAGAUAGAAUAGAUUUGGGGCAGGGCUGAGUACUGAGAAGACAGCAUUAGAGGUAAAGGUGGAGGAGCUAGUAAAUGAGCGGGUAUUAAGGGGGAAAUGAAAGAAAUCAGAGAAAUCAUGACUCUGUCUGUUUUGGCUAUUGCCAUGAAAUCCAGAAAGAUGGAGGCAGGGUUAUAUGAGGUACAGUGUUAGGAUGGUCUUCUUGUUCUGGUCAGCCAAGGAAAGCACUGCACUCAGGAGAAGGUGUGGUUCUCAAUAUUCAGAAACACAAUGGGACAAGAAGUACUGGACUUCCACCCACUUCCGUAGGAAUUCCUCAGGAAUUGUGUUUACUGCUCCCUCGUAAUGACAGGAACUUUCGGCAGAAUUCCAUAAGAGAUGGAUCUGCCCUGCCUACAUUCCCUUACAUUCCUAUAGCAUACAUGCAUAAUGUACCCCUCACUCCUACCACAACCACACACACCCUCCUGAAUGUGUAUUUCCCACCAUCCAGGUUAUAAUCUGGGAUCCAAAUUCCAGAAAACAAAAUCUAAAGGAAAUAUUUAAUCUUUCCCACCCAAUUAUAAGAUACAGAGUCGAGUCACUGUUUUUGUUUGUUUGUUUGUGCCAAGAAUAUCCUAAAAUAAGCAGUAGCACUCCACUGUCCUACCAUUAUUCAUUGAUUUGCUCGAGCGGGCACCAGUAACAUCUCCAUUGUGAGACUUGUUACUGUUUUUGGCAUAUCAAAAAUGCCACGGUGGCUUGCCAGACUCUGCCGUGAAAAUAAGUAGGAGACUUCAAAAUGAUAGAAAGCAGUGACUUUGUAAAGUUUGGCUCAGAGACUCAUCAGCAAUGAUCAUAAGGCAGUAUUAUAUUUCUGUUGUGGGACAGAAGAGGAACAGAGGAGAAAGAAGGAACCUGGGAUCUCUUGUUGGUGCAAAGAGAGCUACGAGAUCGUAGAGUAGUCCAACACUGCCUAAUGUUGUUGACACUGUGUGAAUGUCAUUGCCAGGGACAAAGAUUUUCUUGCACGAAAGAUUGUUUAUUAAGUAAGAUUCUUGCAAAGAGAUGUGUGCUCAUACUCUGAGGUUUUAAGGUUGCAACAUUCAAAAAGGAGUGAUUAAUAUAAACUACAGAAAUAUUCUCUGGAAAUAUUGUGAGUCUAGUGUAAUACCUCUCUUGAGUGAUUCGUGUAUCUGUCUUCUUCCCUAUUUCUAUUUUUUUAAAGUACAUUAAAUAAAGAGAUAGUAUAGUAGGUAGUACGUUUUCCUUACAUGCACUGACCCGAGCUUGAUCCAUGGCAUCCCAUAUGGUCCCUCAAACACUACCAGGAGUGAUCCCUGAGCACAGAACCAGGACUAAGUCCUGAGAACCACUAUGUAUGACCCCAAACAAAAAAUAUAUUAAAUAAUAUUAAAUAAUUAAUACAUAUUUUUAAUAUUUUCACCCACAUCCACCUUCUCUCCAGCUAACUUUAGUUUUAUUGCCAAUGUCCUCUGGUUUCUCUAUUUUGCUGUGUGUGUUCACCAGUUGUACAUCCAUAUCAUUUGCAUAUGGGUAAAAUCACCCAACAUUUGCCCUUCUCCUUCUGACUUAUUUCACUUCCCAUAAUUCCCUCAAGCUGGUUCCAUUUUGUUGCAAAUGGGAAAAAAGUCAUCUCUUUUUAAAUAUCUGGAUAGUAUUCUAUUGUUCCACAUUUCCUCCACUUAGUCAUUUAUCAAUAGAUACUUUGCUUCCAUAACUGGCUAUUUUAAAUAAUACUGCAAUUAAUAUUUGAUUGGCAUCACAUUUGCAUUAUUUUUUAUACUGUAUAGAUCUUCUCUCCAUUUAUUUUUGUUUACAUGGAGAUAAAUAACAUGUAAAGAGGUGAAUAAAGGCCCACUGGAUAUUUCAGAAUGUAGGCUCUUAAGAAAACCAAGGAAGACCCUGGGAAGGUACAGUCUUUCAUGGUUUAUGUAGAAAAACUCAAGAAUAUCUGUACUCAAAUUUUUUAAAAAUAUUACAUGAGAAGGAUUACAGCAAAUAGUAGGUGAGGGGUUAUUCUAAGAUGGUGAAACAGAAAGUCACAACCAGUGGAGAGGAGAAGGGGCAGUGAGCGUGGUCACAGAAAUGCCAUGAAGGGUCAAGCAUGCAUUCUGCAGCAGGUGAGGUCAAAUGGGGUUCUGUACUCCACAAUGAGACAGGCAACCAUUGUGCAACAACAGAAGCUUGAGUCUUUGUAUGUCCAAAUUAAGGAGAGGGUUACCAAGGAUAAUCUUCCUUGUAUAUUUUCACCAUGUCAGUGGAAUGGUGUCUCAUCAUUUCAAAGAUGUUUGCACUGAAAUUAGGUUCUAUAGGUUUAUAAAAUUAUUACUUUGAAGUUUAAAUCAUGUCUUAGUAGAAUGGCAGUAUACAGCUAUUUCUUUUCCGUGUUUAUGACAAUAAAAUACAUAAAAUCUCCUAAAGGCUUCUUUGUUUUUUUAAAAAAUUGAGGUAACACUAGCUAAUGA